AUGAAGCACUCUGUUAUUCUCUCUUUCUGCUCUCUCGCCGCAACUACAUCCGCCCUAGGCAUUAACUGUCGUGGCUCUUUUGCCUGCGGUGGCGGCAGCGGAAACCUCAUCAACCUCAAAUCCAUUGUCGACAACAUCCAGCCUCGAGACCGCUUCUAUCCAGCUCAACAGCAGAUUGCCUGCACAGGCGAUACUUGCGCCUUCUUUCAAAAUGGCGCCAGCGGCACUGCCGAGCAGGUUUCUGCAGACCUGCAAGCCCUUUUGGACCACGGUUGCAAGAAAUGCGGCUCGGUUCCUACUCAGCCUGGCAAUAAUGUUGCGGAUGGACAGUUGACAGUUAACUAUGUUAGCCAUCCUAACUGUCAGGGAGCUUGUUAG